UCAGAGUCAAUCAUGGAGCUCACGAAGAACUCGCUCGUUGAUCGAGGAGAGCAUGUCGUCCAAUACCACAUGAACAAGACGGAAGCGGAAAAUCAGGCCUAUCUCUUUACAGCUGCUUUGUCCGAGCUGCGAACCGAGGUGCAAGUCCGAGCUCGCAACGACGCAGCUGCACUGCGCAGUACCGUGACGCUCCUUCAGCGCGAAGUCGACGGUCUGAGCCAAAAGAUGCGUGAGGACGUGGCCGCGAUGAAGCACGACAUUCAAGUCGACAUGAACAAUCGCAAGGGCGAGGCAAAGGAGGAGCAGAACACACUCGAGCAGGAGAUCCAGGACCUUAAUAACCGCUUCACGAUCAGCAUCAGCGACCUCAAGACGGAGAUCGAGCAGAACAUCAAGUGGGAUGCCACCAGGCGUGCCUUGACAGUUGUCUUUGGCUCAGUCGUCAUCCUCAUCGGCACGCUGGCAGCAGCGGAUUACUUUGGAAAGAGCGAUGAGGUCGAGGAGGCCCCAGGCAUGGGCCAAAGAGCCGAGAUCAAGAUCACGAGAAGCGCAGAGGAGCUUGGCCUGCUUCCCAACUAUGACGAAGAAAAGGACGAUGGCAGCCGAUAUGUAUAG